ACGUGGUUGCUGAAAUGCAAUUUGUUUCCAGCUGAUAUGAUCCGGCACGAUUCGUGUGGUAUGAACGCGGUAACCAAACACCAACCAUCUCUUAUUUAACCAUUUACAAAUUAAAACUCAUAAAUAAAAAGUUUGCGUUUUGAAUAUUGCGCAGCGCGACAUCUACGACAUCACAUUUCAGUUCAAACCCUGUUGUUGUUGUGUUUUUUUUUAUUCUGAUCAUUAACAUACCCUGUGGAGGAGAACAUCGCUACCCUACUCAGCACAAACACCACCCCGCGCCCGGCCCCAGGCUCCCGGCUGGCUACCGCUAACAGUUCUGUUUGCGGUCUGGAACCCAUCCGUCAAUCAGCAUGGAGACCCGCCCUGGGCAUCAGUCUUCUGUGAAUUGAUUGGGCGGCGGUUCAGCCAUGAGCUAGUAAAUCCAUUUUCCUUAGCGCUGAUUGGUCCUGUGGCAUGGCCGUCACCCAUCUCGCACCGCCCACGCAGCAGUUUGUUUGGAGUGUGGUCCGGCGGGGAUGGACAGGAUGGUAGAGAGGUUGAGUCAGAGACUGGCUUCGCCGCAACACACGAUUUAGGCAGCGAGGAGGCGUGGGAGGGCACGGACAUGCCGCUGGUGAAGAGGAACAUCGAGCCCCGGCACCUGUGUCGGGGGGCGCUGCCAGAGGGUAUCAGCAGCGAGCUGGAGUGUGUCACCAACAACACGCUCUCUGCCAUCAUCCGGCAGCUCAGCAGCUUGAGUAAACAUGCAGAAGACAUAUUCGGGGAGCUGUUCAACGAGGCCAGUAACUUCUACGUGCGCGCCAACUCCCUGCAGGACCGCAUUGACCGCCUGGCUGUCAAAGUCACCCAGCUGGACUCCACGGUGGAGGAGGUCUCCCUGCAGGACAUCAAUAUGAGAAAAGCUUUCAAGAGCUCUACAGUGCAGGACCAGCAGGUGGUGUCUAACAACAGCAUCCCCAAUCCGGUGCAGGAGAUGUACAACCUCAGUGACAAGCCCCCUCCUCUCAGCAUCCUCACGCCCUACAGAGACGACCAGAAAGACGGGCUCCGGUUCUACACCGACCCCUCGUACUUCUUCGACCUGUGGAAGGAGAAGAUGCUGCAGGACACGGAGGACAAGAGGAAGGAGAAGAGGAGGCAGAAGGAGCAGAAGCGGGUGGACGGCACGACCCGGGAGGUGAAGAAGGUGCGCAAGGCCCGGAACCGGCGCCAGGAGUGGAAGAUCAUGGCGUUCGACAAGGAGCUGCGGCCCGACCACCGGCUCUCGCAGAACGCCGGCCACGCCGCCUCGUCCGAGGGCUCGCUGUCCCCCGACAGCAGGUCCCAUGGGUCCGACUUGACUGACUAUUCGUACCCGGCCACGCCAAACCACUCGGCCCACCUCCACCACCUCCAUCACCCCCACCCAGCGCAGCCGCUGCCUCUGCCACAGCCACAGCCGGGCCCCUACCUCGGGGCAGAUGGGCAGCAGCACCUCGUGGGCCCCGCGCCGGGGGUGGAGCACGACUACAGGGUGGCUGCCUACAGGCAGGGCACCCUCAGCCGGCCACAGCAGCCCCCCCCGCCCCCUCCUCCCACUGACGCCACCCUCAAUGGAGUCCUGCUGCCCCCACCCGCGGAGUACAGCAUGUCUGCAGCUCAGAUGAUGGAGUUCUAUGGCAGUGGGGGACCGCCCCCUCCUCCCCCUGCUCCACUCAUUCCCUCAGCUCAGACCGCCUUUGCCACACCCCUGGGAGGGCCAGCCCCGCCCACCUCCCACGUUGGACCAAUGAUGGGGUCCACUGGCUAUGCUCCUCCCCCACUGAGUUCGGGUAGGGCCACGCCUUUGUGUGUAACUCUACAGGUAUCUGGGCUGCACGGGUUUGUCCACAGCUGUGAUCACAGACCCUCUUUACCACACAAGGGGUGUUCCUCUGAUGUGGGUUUCCAGAACGCUCUGCUCUGGAGGAGCACAACCCCUCUGCCCUGCGCAGGGGUGGGCUGUGUGUUGUCACCUAUGGCAGUAUCUUGCAGCAGGCCUGCACAGAUGGCUGCAGGAGUCAUCGAGCCGGUCAGACACGGUCUCCUAGUUUGCGCCGAGAUCCCAGGUGUCUUCCAUGCCAGUGCCCAACCCCGCGUGUGCUCUCUGUGCCGUGUGUGUGUGUGUGUGCCAGGUAUCCAGCUGAAGAAGGUGCAGGAGCAGCAGGAGCAGCAGGCCAAGCGCGAGCCCGUGGGCAACGACGUGGCGACGAUCCUCUCCCGCCGCAUCGCCGUGGAGUACAGCGACUCCGACGACGACUCGGAGCUGGAUGAUAACGAGUGGUCCGACUGACGCCGCCCCUUCCCCCGGAUGGCCGGACACCCCCCCACCGUCUACCACCGCCGUCACCCCCUCGGCAGCUGACCGGUGCACCGCGUGACACCCCUACACUGACCGAAGAGCACACCCCGGAGGAAACUGGGGUGCGGUUUGGGCUUUGACCUGCGUCACCGCUGUCUCGCACACAGACGCGUCAAACAGCAGAGCCCGUAUCUGAGACACUUAACGAGUCAAGCAGCUGUAAGAUAUUGGAGAUCUUCUCGAGUGGUUCAGUCUGAUUGAAAUCUGGUUCUCCUGGGAAGAACAAGGAUGUUGUGUUCUACUGCAUUACGACGAUUCUGCUCAUGCCGACUCUCGAUAAAUGAAUGCGGGUGCAAUCUGAACGUUGCAGGAGAGAGGGGAAAAACAGCUCCUCGUGGCUGGGUUUCUUCAGCAGUGAGAAGACGACUCUCGCUGCACCGCAUUUCAAGUUUCACAAACACUGGCAGACUGUUUUUACAUGCGAUUAGGUAGCAGGCAUGAAAUACCCAGUACCAUGGACAUGUCAUUUUCUGCUGUUAACUAUGCACAGUAUUGGAUUGUGUGCUCACUAUGGUAUGUGUGAGUCGGCAGCUCAUAAAAGAUCUGCUGAAAUGGAUAAGACGGCUCAGUUAACGGGCCUCACUGUUGGUUAUGGUGAUGCUCGCAGAUGCAGGCCCUCCUACAGCCUUCUCGGAGGCUGGCUGGUGGAGAGUCCCCACUGGACCCUGCUGCCAGAUCAGCACUGGGAUCCAUGAGACCCAGAGGUGAUUCUGCUGCUUGCUUCACAGCUUGAAACAGCACCUCAUUGGGAGCGAGCGGAAAUACCAUAUAAGCACUAUAAGCUACUCGAUGCAAACUCUAGAUGGCCCUUUCAGGGGUGUUGCUCCAUCUCAUCAUAAUCUGUCAUUUAAAGCACAAAUUGGCAUGUCUGGGGAUUAUCGGAUGUUGUCAGCCCCAAGCACAGCACUACUUAAAAUGUUAAUCCAGCAGGUUUCUGUUUUAUUUGCCCCUGGUCCAAUGCUCAUGAGCUUGUGAUCUUAAGUGCUGUCUGAUGAUAACUUCUAUACCACAGUUCCGUCGCACUCCCUGUGAGCCUGAUGUCUGAACGCUGCCGGACAGGUGUGAAUUCAGCACUAGAAUAGUCUUGGUUUCCUCUGCUAACCACAAACCAUGUGCUACUUGUUGGCUUUUAACAGAUGUUGCAAGUGAAAGCGUUAGCUCUGCUGGGCCCCAGGCAUACCUGUCGGCAUCCUGAAAGGUUCUGAUCUAAUGUUAUAAGAUAGUAGCAUAUCUUAAAUAGUCACUGAAUAGAAUAAUACGUUGUUCAUUUAUUGUACGGUUCCUUUUUUCCUCUGUCCGAACAAUGACGAGCUGAGCUGCUUAAGUAAUCUAUCGGUGUCGUCUUUCUUUGCGCUCCAUGUUGAAUUGAAAGAUGUUUUACAUCCCCAUCUGGAGAGCCGGUACACCGGUGUGGCUUUGCUUUCACAAACUUGUCGCCGAUGGACAAGGUGGUGUGUUUGCGAAACCAAACCCAGUGAAAGCCAUGAUGAAGUUGUGUGCAUGGAGGUCUGUCGGGGAGUAUUGGCACCCAUGCUUAGUCAUGAGACCAGUCUUCCUGCUGUCAGAUUCCCUGCUUCGGGGGCUUAAAGGCGAUGUGGUGUAAAUUAGAAGAUAGUGUGAGGGAUCCUAGGUUUUUGCUGGGAAAGACAAUCAUAACCAGCUUUACAGCUGCUGCUUACAGAAGGUAGUGGAGGUUGUUUGUACCUAAAUCAAGUAACACAGACAAAAAAUCCCACUAAUAAUCCAAAUAAAGUAACAAAUCAGAUAAUGUAUUUUUCUUUCAAAAUCUAAAAUUUUCUUUUUAAAGAACUGGCUCCACUCAGUUGCUUGUGUUCUUGGAAUGAUGGGCAUUGUGCUGUUUAUGAAAAUGUAAGAUCCCUUUAUAAAUGGCAAAAGAAUCUUCUGAUGCCAUUAAGUUGUUAAUUUAUUGUGGCACGUGCCAGUGGAUCAUUUACAGUAAAGAAACAGGGCUGAGUUAUGGCACAUUCUUCCAGUUCAGGAAAAUGCACUAUAUAUACUGUAGUAGGUGUGUGCACAUAAUAGCUUUCUGAAGCUGGGGGAACUGCUUCUUUGAUGUUGUGUAAAAAGAUGUUUCAGAGAUUUUGAAAUUUAAGCUUGUGAUUCAAGCAAUGCAACAAGUUAAAAUAGGGUUUUCUUGUGCUUAUAUUCCAAGAUUCUCUGAAGAUUAUAGAGUCAUGACAGCUCUGACAGGCAUUAAGUAUUAAAAUUUAUUUUGUUUAUGCUUUUGUAGAUGGAAAAAGAAAAGGAUCUGCUUUUUGUUUAGGCCUUGGUUGGCAUUUAUGUUCAUUUUCUUCUCUUGAUGAUUAGUUGAAGAUAUAAAAUUAGUGGAAUUUGGGACUGGAUAAGAAAUGAAAAAUCCAGCUGAGUUUUCCAGUGCUGUUCCAGCCGAAUCCAGAGAGUCCCUGGAUUCUCCUGCCCACUUUCCAGCUCAUCCUGAGCCCUGCUGGGCAUCACCAGGAGCUCGUGAACAGCAACAGCAGAUGGUAAAUGCCCAAAGGAGAAUUUCCAAAACUGGUUGGUCUGCAGCAAAAUUUGCUCCCACUUUGUGCACGUUUAUUUAAAAAAAGUCUGAGAUGGAAAUGUAUCUCAAGAGAACACAGGUGGCAUAAAGAGCAAAGGAGAAGUAAAAGAUUUGAUUUUCCACUUAAAUAUAGUUAAAACUGGAGCAAAGUUUGUGCAGGCGACUGAACUUUUUGGAGGUUGUCCUUACUGUAUUUUACAGGUGGUGAAAUUUUAACCAUCUUAAUAACGGGAGCCUACUGAAGUACGAGCCUGAGAGAAAUACCAUGAAACCGAUCUCAUUUUCUGCUUAUCUGCUUUUCACCUGUCACCUGUGAAACCGUGAGGUCAGCAGCUUCUGUGUUCUGAGGUCGGUGUGGCUCUGGAUCUGUACGAGCGACUCGUGUGAAAUAAAUCCCAGUUCUAAUUC